AUGUCGGCUCAAGGGAUCCGGCGAGAGCCAGGCCAAGCAGCCGCAGAUACCGCUAGGCACGCGAGCGCCGACCGCCUGGGGACCGUCGGACCGGAAAACACCCGGCAGGAUGGCUGUACCCAUGUUACAGGACCUUCCAGGAUGUUUGGUAGCAGGUCGUGGGACCAGAGCAGGUCGCUCAGCUCCGGUUGGGUUCGCGCAGGGACGAGGGUGGAAGCAACGGGCCAGGAGACUGUAAGGACAACUGAACAAUCUGGAAGAUUACGAUAUUACGAGUAUCAAAGGAAUGAAAUGGGUGCCUCUGAAAGCGAGUGGGAUCUCUGUGCCAGCCCGCAGGGUGUAUUAGCCACCCCACCGCUCCAGCCGUACCGAAGAGCCCCUUCCGCACAGGCCAAGUUUUCUCGGCUCCUGGUUGAUAUCGCUGCCUUCCCCUGGCCUCUCUCCAGUGGGUCACGCUCGCCGGGCUUCAGAGUCCUUCGUGAGCAGAGCGGAGGGGACGGGAAAGACGAUAAAAAGCAGAAGAAAUCUGUCUGCUUCGGUAAAACAGGGCUGAGGUGGAGAUGCUGGUCAAAACCCCAGAGCACACGCCAGAAGGUAGUGAGUAAGAAGAGGGCAGACGCGUACGACAUUCGCUGCUUCCGGUGCGGCCGGUUCCCUUGUGAUUUGUGCGGUUACGGACCCCCAAAACAGGAGGUCGUGCUCAGACCCGAACUCAAUUCAACGGAAAAGACGACAUCUUCCCUGCCAUGAGUCAGACAAUUCAUCGGGAAUGAAAAACCGCGCAAGCAUUCGCCAGGCCCUUCAAGAGACGGAGAGUUUACAGCGGGCAGUUUUGAGACCUGGGACAAGUCGGUGCAGCGUUGUUACAAGGUAUUUCCCAACC